CUACAUUCCGGCACCACUUUCAACUCCCAUCCCCACUCCUCCACCAUUGGCUAUAAAAUCACACAAAACCCACUCAUUUGUGUAUUCAUAACAGCCACCGUGUGAGUCUUCACGCGCCACCGUCUACCACCACUACUUUCUUAUUCAAACUCAGAUACAUACAACCAACCUGUACUCCCCAUAUUGUAAGACAAAUGUUGGUGUUGAGAUUGAAAACAGUUGUACUAUUAUUGGCUUUUGGGAUUGUACUUCUUCUUCAUGGAUGUUUUGCUGAUGAUGGGAUUAACAGAAAAAGCUUUCCAAGUGGUUUUCUUUUUGGAACUGCAUCUUCUGCUUACCAGUAUGAAGGAGCUGUGAAGGAAGAUGGAAGGGGUUCAGCUACUUGGGACAAAUUUGCUCACACAUUUGGUAAGAUAUCUGAUUUUAGCAAUGCUGAUGUUGCAGUUAAUCAAUACCACUUGUUUGAGGACGACAUACGAUUGAUGAAGGAAAUGGGCAUGGAUGCAUAUAGGUUUUCAAUCUCAUGGCCAAGAAUUUUUCCAAAUGGAAGUGGUCAAAUCAACCAGGCUGGAAUUGAUCACUACAAUGCUCUUAUUAAUUCUUUAUUAGCCCAUAAUAUCGAACCAUAUGUGACCCUCUACCAUUGGGACCUUCCUCAAGCUUUGGAAGACAAAUAUAAAGGAUGGCUUGACACACGAAUCAUAAACGAUUUUGCAAAUUACGCGGAGACAUGUUUUGAGAAAUUUGGUGACCGGGUCAAGAACUGGAUGACAUUUAAUGAACCUCAUACUUUUACGGUACAAGGUUAUGAUGUUGGCCUUCAAGCACCAGGCCGUUGCUCGAUACUUCUUAAGUUGUUUUGUAGGGCCGGAAACUCGGCGACCGAACCCUACAUUGUUGGUCAUAAUGUCCUUCUUUCACACGCAACCGCCUUUGAUAUCUACAAAAGAAAAUACAAGGCCAAGCAAAAUGGACGUAUCGGGAUUGCAUUCGAUGUCAUGUGGUACGUGCCGGGUACAAACAAAACCGAGGACAUCGAGGCGACCCAACGAGCACAAGAUUUCCAAUUGGGAUGGUUUCUUGAUCCUAUAAUGUUUGGAGAUUAUCCAACAUCAAUGAGGACAAGAGCCGGAGACCGGUUACCGAGGUUUUCUAAACCUCAAUCGGCUCUUCUAAAAGGCUCAAUAGAUUUUGUCGGUAUAAAUCACUACACAACAUGGUACGCGUGGCAUAAUUCGACUAGCAUCAUUAGUACAUUUCUCAACGAUUCUAUUGCAGAUUCGGGUGCUGUUACCCUUCCAUUUAAGGACGGGAAAGCUAUUGGCGAUCGGGCAAAUUCAAUAUGGUUAUACAUAGUGCCAGGAGGGUUUAGAAGCUUAUUAAAUUACAUCAAGAACAAAUAUGGGAAUCCUCUAGUGAUCAUCACUGAAAAUGGGAUGGAUGACCCGAAUAGCAUACUUAUCUCUCGCAAAGACGCGUUAAAGGAUGAAAAACGGGUCAAGUACCAUAAUGACUAUCUCACAAACUUGCUAGCUGCUAUAAAGGAGGAUGGGUGCAAUGUGAAGGGGUAUUUUGCAUGGUCAUUGCUGGAUAAUUGGGAAUGGGCUGCGGGUUUUAGUUCAAGAUUCGGGUUGUAUUAUGUUGAUUAUAAUGACAAGCUCAAAAGAUAUGCUAAAGAUUCUGCUGUUUGGUUUAAGAAUUUCUUGACUGUUGGUUAAAAGGUUAUGAUCUUUCGGAUCAUUUUCGGGUCGGUGAUUCAUAAGACGAAUACCCGACCAUAAAAUGAAAAGAUUACAUGUAUUGAUUUAUUUCGGGUUUGUAGAUGGAAUAUAUAUACACAUAUUUAUUGUAUGUAA